AAUAUGAGUGUUGUGUUGUGUAUUAUAUGCAAUGAGUGAGUGAUUGAGUGCUUGUAUUGCAGUGUUUAUACUGUUUAUAGUGUUAGUCAACCAAUGGGUGUGACGUUCAGCACAACUGGCCUUUAAAUUCAGUCCAAUUGUCUCUACAUUUGACACCAAAACACACAUCCAAUACAUCCAAUGGCCGGACGUUUGCCAGCGAUUGUCAUCGACAACGGCACCGGGUACACCAAAUUGGGUUACGCCGGCAAUCGUGAGCCGCAGUUCAUAAUCCCGUCGGCCAUUGCCAUCAAAGAGGCGCCCAAUGUUGGCGAUCAGGCCUCCAGACGACUCGCCAGAGGU